AACCAGCCAGUUAAUCUCCCAGGGGAUGAUGACCUUCACCCACUACACCCACCCCCCAGACCCCCACAUCCUCUAUUACCCAUUCCUCACCCCGUUCAGGUCCCCAUACCUUCUCCUCGUCCCUACACCCGCUCUCCACCCCCUACACUCUCUCCCCACACCCUCUUCUCACUCCCUACACCCCCUUCUUAACCCAUACACCCACCCAACUACCUCUAUACACCUCUUUCAGGCCCCCCACACCCACCCCCUAUCCUCACCCAGCCUCUCUCAGCCCGCCAGCGCAUAGUCACUCGCCCUCCCUAACCACACCAAGUCUUAUCAUUCAUUCACACCAAAAUUCAACUAAAUCCACAUUACAUCAGCCUCCCUACAGUUAAAAGCUUCAUUCUGGCAUAUAUUAAGCAGUAAAGGGAUAGCAAGUGCUUAAAACGUCUAUAAAUAAGGAUACUUCCUCAAGACACACGACUGGAUGAUACCAAGACAACUUCAACACUCCAAGGACUCAACUACGCUUGUCGUUUAGAUGUUUAUAUAAGCAAAGGAAGAGCAACGGCCAAGUAUCUCAUUGGCUGCUGACCUCCCACUAACACAGGACAAAAGAUGACCUAGCUGGGUCAAAAUUGUGGAAAACAAUAUCGAAGAAGCUGAUUGGUCGGUGAUUUCCCGCUAAAACAGAGGACGAAGGAUCUCAUUGUCUACUGACUCCCCGGGAAUAUAAGGAAGGAAAAACUUAAUAUCUGAUCUUGAGAGAAAAGUGAAAAAACUGAAAAUCGAUCACCGUCAUGGAGAACCCACUCAGCCCUGAGUUACUGUCUCAGUACCGCAGGGAGGGAUGUGUGUGUGUUCCCGGGUUCCUCACUGACGAUGAAGCCAACUCUCUGAGAGCUUCAUGUCGACGCCUAGUGGAGGAGAUGGACCCAACACAACACACACCUACCAUAUUCUCCACCUCUGAUCAUAAUCAGUCCCGCAGUUCGUACUUCGUGGACAGCGGAGACAAGGUUCACUUUUUCUUUGAGCCUGAAGCCCUGGAUGAGAACUCUAAGCUUAAGGUGGACAAACAUCGCUCCCUCAACAAGAUCGGCCACGCCCUUCACUGGUUGGUGCCGGAGUUUAAGAAAGUGUCGUUCUCCACCAAGAUGAAGGCGGUGGCCAGGCAGCUUAGGUUUGUGUCCCCAGCAGUCGUCCAGUCCAUGUAUAUCUUCAAGCAGCCUGGCAUUGGUGGCGAGGUGGUGCCCCACAAGGACUGUACCUUCCUCUCGACGGAACCUCAGAGCUGUGUGGGCUUCUGGUUCGCCCUGGAGGAUGUCACCUUAGAGAACGGUUGCCUCUGGUACAGUCCUGGCUCACACAACAACCCUACCAGCCGCAGGUUCAUCCGUAACCCUGACGAGACUGGUGACCUGACCUGCUUCACGGCACCCCCUGACCCGGAUGACCCUACCAAGUACAUCCCCAUCCCCGUCCCAAAAGGUACACUGGUGCUCAUCAAUGGUCAAGUGGACCACAAGAGUAAGAAGAACACCUCGCCUAAUUCCCGCCACAUUUACACCUUCCAUGUGAUCGAGCGCCACGACACGACCUGGGACCCGCGCAACUGGCUCCAACCCACGCCAGAGAUGCCCUUCACGGGACUGUAUGAAAAUGAACCCUAAAAUGAUGUUGCUUACUUGUCAGUGUGUAUAUGUGCGAGAAAAGUGAGUGUGGGGUUGGUUGACAGAGAGGUGAGCAUGGGAUUGAUUGAUUUUGAGAAGUAAGAGAGAGAGAGAGAGAGAGAGAGAGAGAGAGUUAUUUCUGGGGUAGGUGUUGGGGUGACCAGCAGCAGAAGCCUAUCAAGACACUGCCAAAAACUACUUAGCUGUAAACUGGAAAAAAUCACAUUGUGUAGGAUAAUGAAUACAGUACUGGCCUAUGAUUAAUCUACUUGUGCUUUACGUACCAAAACAGGUAUUUCUUAUAUAGACUACAGAUUCAUUAUUUAUAUACAGUACUGUAGUAUAAGAGUGUAACACCUGCUAGAGUUGUGUAUGAUCGUGUCUAUGGUAUGUACACAGGUGCCAUUAAUAAAUGCUUGUUCUGUUACUGUGA